UCAAUACUUUGGUCAUAUAAGAACACCACCGAAAUUUCAUAAUCUUAAUUCAUAAAAUGAUAGUGUUUCAAGCAUUUUCAAGAAUUCGGCCUCUUUUGUCGAUUAAACCAGUAACAACAAGCCCAUCUGAUGUCGCAAAUAAAUUGGUUAGAGGAUAUAAUUGGAGGAAGCGGUGGCGAACUUCCAGUUACAGUUCCAAUAAUGUCGGCGACACCGCCGUUAAGAGGUGGAAGCGGAUCCUACUCAUUGCCCUGCGGGGAAGUUCUGGGCAGACGUUCUCUGAGCACAUCGCUACAAUCUUCAGUCUCCUUACCCGUCAGUGCAAUGUGUAUGCUGCUCAAAGAUUGAGAAGACUUGAACAAAUGAUGCUCCUGUACCGAUCAAUUUAUUCAGAGCGAUCAAUCCAGUCUCUUGCCGUUGGUUUUGCCAGAAGAUAUCUCAAAGGAAGGCGAUGGAAUUAUGUGAUGUUUGGCGGUGCACUUUUUGCAUUGGAUCAGGAAAGAAUCACCAAUCAACAAAUUGAUGGUUGCCUAGAUGAUGUGGAUCUAAUCAGGAUCUUAAGAUCAGACCCAAACCCGGACCUGCCACAGUUAAGUUCUUGGGAGAAGGUCAUGUGUAAGUCAGAGAUGAUGGUCUGGAGGAGGAAAAUGGAUUGUGAUUUCCUGUAUGAAUACAAAGUGUUUGGAUCCUUUGCUGACUGUACGGCCAAGUCUUUCUUCAAGGUUCAGACGGACUUGGAUUACAGGAAGGUGUGGGAUAAGCAUGUCAUUGAAACAGGAGUCAUUGACCAGGAUAAAGAGACAGGAACCGAAAUUGUGUAUUGGUCUACACAUUUUCCAUUUCCAAUGAGCAGCCGAGACUAUGUGUUUGCUCGUCGCACCAAGAUCUUCCAUCGUCACCGCGUCAUGGUCAUAUACUCCAAGGCUACCAAUCACCCGAGGAAACCAGAGACGAAGCGUCACGUACGAGUCACAAGAUUCUGCUCCAGGAUGGUCAUCAAGCCUUUCACCAGCUUUGAUGAGAAUGGAUUUGACUAUAUGGUCACCUACUAUGAUGACCCCAAGGCUCCAAUACCAUCUACUGCAAUGAACUGGAUGGCAACUACUGGUGUACCAGACUUCAUGCACAGGGUGCACAAUGCUGCCCUUGCUUUGGACGCCAUGCCAGCCACCAACUUCAAGGAUAUGAAGAGCGAUCAGCAGUUCACCACCAGUGACUCCAGCUGCUACAGUUGAAAGAUGAAGACUGAGGGAUCAAACAGUUCCAUCGGUCUCAAAGAUGCCCCUUUGGAGCAGAGCCUCCCAUAGAAACCCUUUAAUCAGUUGACUACGGGAACCAGGUUUUCUCUGUGCAUAUCCAAUGGGACGUGCAAAAUUCAGUAGUUGACGGGUUAAAAGGAUCGGGUUAACGUCAAGGAGGAUGGGGGGUGGGUUAUUUCAUAAAGCUGUUUGAAAAUUACUUGGGACUUUGUGGACGACUGGAAGCUUGAAGUGCACCACCCUAAGUUGAAGAUUUAGAGCAAUUUGUGUGUGACUAGAGAUGGAAUGUUAUGCUGAGUUCGAUGUUAAGAAACUUGAUUAGAACCAGUUGAGACUUCAAGUUUUUAAGUGGUAGUUAACAUUCAUACCUACAUAUAUGUCAUGGCACAUAUGUUAUUUGACGCAAUUCAGGUGAGAUAAUAUGGAAUGUAGACAAACUUUGUCAACACAGGAAAAAAAUUGGGUGCUCACAUAUUUGCUCUUCAAGUCUCUUGUAACUUUACAAUCAGCUUAAUGAAACAAACCCAUGGCAUGGGAGCUAUUUCAUAGUGCUUCAGUCAUAUUUCCCCUACGGCAAGUCGAAAACAGCUGUUUUAACCAUUACAUGGGUGGUUUGAAUGAAAUUAGAUAAAAUGGCUGUUUUUUACUAGCUGUAUGGUGGCCAUAGGGGAGAUGUGACUGCUGCAUAAGGAUUUAAGUUUUAUUUUAAGUCAUGACGUGUGUAAUUUCCUUUGCACCAAGUGCACAUGGUUUUAAAAUAAAUAAUACACAUUAGCUUGGGCAUUAGUAAGAGUUAUCUGCACAAGAUUUAAUUGGAUUUGGAAUGAUGAUUUCUAGCAUGCUCGAGGCCUAGACAGGUUUUGAAGGUACCGAUUGUUGGUGAUUACACCAGUUCCCUUGCAAAUUGGUGUCUGCUAAUUGUUUUGUAAGAGAGUAAUGUGGAUUUUGGUUAUUUUAUAAACCAUCUUCUGCGUAAGAUCAUGAUUGGUCAUUGAUUAUGACCCCUCAUCACCAAAGAAAAUUUGCAUAAAAUAAACAUCUGAUCAAGUGCGUUCCACAGAAAUCAUUUGAUUAGGGUUUGUUGACAGACCUACCUGAUGCUGCGUAUACCCGGGGUAUGAUCUGGCAGAGAUACGAUUGCUUGACAUGUUUUUGAAUACGACUGUGUUGGAUGACCUGAUGAAAAUGAUCUGUUGAGCAGCUGCAUGCUUAUUGACUUUUACAAUUAAAUGUGUAUCCAUGCAUAACAGAAUAUCUUUCAUAAAUGAUAUAUGUAAGAUACAUAAAAGAAAUUUACAGAAACCACAGAUUGUGGUUCAUUCGACAUGAGAGCAUGCAUGAAAUGUUGGUUAUUCCACUUGCAGCUGUACCUGUAUUUGCAACUCUUUAAUAUUUAGCUCUCCAGGAAACAUCCCUUGGUUUAGAAAGACCAGCAUUCUUUUAUAUUUUGGAUGGUCUGUGUUAACAGGUUCAUUUGUAUUCUCACUCUUGAUAUGUUUGAUGUCAGAAACUUAAAAUCCUAUGAAUUUUUGUUUUCAAGGUUGAGAACUGGGAAAUACCACAUACGACAAGGCAAAAUUGAUUUUAUUUAAUUAUUUAUGCUGUGCAUAACCACAAUAUAGCAAUGGAUUUACCAAUUCAAUUGGUUUUAAUGUUUGCAUUAUGGCAUCGAUGAAGAUCACCCAAUGGAGACCAGAAAAGUGGCCUUUACAAGCAGGUCGUCUAUGUGGGGCCUGUUUCAUAACGGACGUGCAACUGUUGUAACUUUGCCAUGAUGGCAACUACCAUGGUAACAGGGCUCAGCAGCCAAUCAAAAUCAAGAUUUCCAUGGUAGUUGCCAUAUUAUACAGCAAAGUUACAACAUUUGCAAGUCCCUUAUGAAAUGGGACCCGGGACAGGUUUCUGUAAUACAUGAUUGAUGGGGAAUCAUGGGCCCCGUCUUACAAAGAGUUACGAUUGAUCCGAUCUUACUCAAGUAUUAUGGAAAUCCAUCAAUGUCAUAAUUUCUACUAAAGGAAAUUUGCACAAUGUCCUUGUGAAUAACAGAAGCAUAGAUAAUUAUCAAGAAAAGAAUGAAUGUAUGCAUUAACAGUAUAUCUAGAAAACAGUUUGAACAAACAUGCAAUUUUAGAUGUUGGCACUACUGGCUAUCCAUACUUGUGGUUGAUCUGACGAAUCACAAC